UACCGGAUUAUCGAGGAGUUUCCGCAAGAUUUGCUACCUUCAGCCGACAUCCAAAACCCAUUCAUUCCCGAAGUCUACGAAUUGAAGGAGACCCCCAUGGACCCGGGACCGACGCCUCCGUUGUUUCCAAUGAUUGAGCCUCACUUUCUCAUUCCCUUCGAGAAGUUUCGAGAUGAAUUUAGUGAAGAUACAUCUUUUUUAGGCAGUAUAGUCAAACCAGCUGUCAAAAAGAUUGCACUGGAUCAGGCUGAAACAUUUCUCGACCGCAUACUCUCCGAUGAUGUGGAGAGUAGAACCGAAAGCUCAACGCGUUCCGUAUCAACUCUGGCGUCAGAAGAUGGUUGGAGAUAA